AGCCUCGUAACCAACAUCAUGGCGGUCAUGGAAUUAGCAACACCGAAAGCAGAAGAACCCGAUUUUGGCUUCCUUAUCACAAAUGUAGAGCUGCCACCACUCUGUCAUCCAAAAUUUCGACCUGGACCACCAUCUGACCAUGCCCAGGUCGUUAGCAACCUUGUAUCAGACAUAAUAGUCAAUUCUAAAUGUGUAAAUCUGAAGGAUCUAUGUAUAGCAUCUGAUAAGUUAGCCUGGGUUCUUUAUUGUGAUAUUGUCUGCAUAGACAAUGAUGGAAGUGUGGUGGACGCCUGCAUUAUUUCUUUGGUGGCAAGCUUAAAAACGUUAACCCUACCCUCUGUUAAAUACGAUCUGGAAACUGGAACUAUUGUUGUGGAUGACACAGUGAGGACUCCACUUAACGUUCAUGGACUUCCAGUACCUACUAGCUUUGCUGUUUAUAAAUCUCUACAGAGCACCGUAAUAUUAACAGACCCAACAUCAUAUGAAGAAGAAAUGUCGGGCUCCUUAGGCUCGUGUAUGAUUGUAUGCUGCAAUCGAGGAGUGCUAUGUGGCAUACAGAAAUUCGGUGGUAGUAGUAUUUCCACAGAUAUUGAAGAAGAAGCUUUAAAAAUGGCGAAGGAAAGGGAAAAACUAGUGGAAAAUGUUAUUGGUACUUGCUUGAAAAAUAUUAAAUGAAUACAAUUUCUUAGUAAUACCGUUGUUU